UGAUGGUAACUCCUCCCGUGCCUCCGGUGCCGUGUAAAUGCCCAGACUUGUAGCCCGAGCCAGUUAGCCACCCGACUGGCCUUCGCAGGGGCUCCGCUCGCUCUUUGUUAGUUACCAACAACUGCAUUCAUGCACUAACCAGGUGGAAAAUGAUUAUCUGCACGAAAAAAAUGGACUAUCCCCUCGGAACUCAAUGUCAGCGCAUCCAGAACCAGGUUGCGAAGGCCAGUGCGGAGAAAGAACGCGCGUCUCUGCUGUGCAUGAAGGCCCUGGCCGGCAGAGGACGCCUGGACGCAGUGUCACAGCAGAUGUCUUUUCACCCACAGUAUCUGGAGAGCUUCCUGCGCACUCAGCAUUACGUUCUCCACAUGGAUGGCCCACUGCCACUACCCUACCGCCACUACAUUGCCAUCAUGGCAGCGGCCCGGUAUCGGUGUAAGCACCUGGUGUCUCUGCACUCUGCUCACUUCCUGCGCGUGGGGGGCGACCCGCUGUGGUUGCAGGGCCUGGAGUACGCCCCGCCCCGGUUGCGUCAUCUUGACCACAUCAACAAGGUGCUGGCCCACAGACCCUGGCUGACCGCCCACUCCCAAAUCCAGGACCUGCUGAAGACGGGCGAUCAGUGCUGGUCCCUGGCAGAGCUGGUGCAGGCGGUUGUGCUGUUGGCCCACUGCCACUCGCUCUGCAGCUUUGUCUUUGGAUCAGGAACGGAUGGAGGAGACCCUCUGGCAGGCCCCCGUGUAACACACGGGACCCCUCCGGGCCACUGUUACUGUGAUGCCGCCAAUGGCAACGGGACUGUGCACCUGCCACCAAUGACAGCGUUGGACAGGACCCUCCGACGGCGGUCUCUGGACUCCAGCUGCGAGGCGAUGUGCCUUAGGGAGAGGUUGCUGAAGGUGCAAGAAGAGAAGGAGAGGAUAGAGGAGCAGCGACUGAGCUCCCACACUAACUCGUACAAAGAUGAGGAAGAGGAGGAAGUGACGUGUGAUGCAGACCCGUCUCAGUUUGUCACAGACCCAGAGUUCAGCUACCAGGAGUUUUCCCGCAGAGAGGAGGACCACUUUGAGGUUUUAAGAGUGCAGGACUACUCAUGGGAGGACCAUGGCUUUUCACUCGUGAAUCGCUUGUAUUCGGAUAUCGGUCACCUGCUAGAUGAGCGCUUUCGCAUGGUGGCAUCUCUUCCAUCCCCUAGAGGGCCAGACCUCAAGAGGGCUAUCUGGAACUACAUCCACUGCAUUCUGGGCAUAAGGUACGACGACUAUGACUAUGGGGAAGUGAACCAGCUGCUGGAGCGGGAGCUGAAGCUCUACAUCAAGACUGUUGCCUGCUACCCUGACCCCACCAAAAACCCACCCUGUACCCUGCAUUGGGCCCGGCUCAAACCCGAGGACAAGGUUCAUGUCAACCUCCUCAUCAUGGAGGCGCGGCUGCAGGCGGAGCUGCUGUAUGCACUGAGAGCCAUCACUCAGUACAUGAUCUCCUAGACAGUCAUGUGAUGGUGGGGAGGUGGAGCCCUUGGAGAUGCCACUGUGGAGGGGUGGGAGUGUAGAGUGGUGAUGCGGCAGUGGAAGAAAGUAAUAGGAGCAAAAUACUUUUUUGGAAGCUGUGUAUUGGGAUAAAGCGUUUAAUACAGCAUUGCCAAAACAUGCAACCAUUCUCUCUCUAUGUGCAUGUUCUUAUUCUGAUCCCUGUCCCCCUACUUUGUUUUUUUUUUUAUUUGUUUUUGCAGUCCUCAUGCUGUUGAUAUUAUGUGCAAUUACUAUUUGUAUUUCUUUUGGUAAUACUUGUUUACAAGACCGAUCAUCACAGCACUUGCUUUUGGAUGGAGAAAGAUGCGCUCUUCUGACACCACUGAGCCAAACUGUCUCACUCCUUUUCCUUUUGGUGUUCUGUUUGGAUACAUGUUCUUUUUUCCUUCAUGUUUUACGUUACUUUGAAAGAGAGAAGAGCCUUGUUUUUUGGGAGUGAUGCAUAAAAGGACAGAGGAGUGUAACCCUUGAGAAAAGUCAUGUCACCAUGACAUCGGAAACAAACAAAAACACUACAAGGGUAGACCUGAGGAUACUUCCAUAGAAGUUUAGAGUUGUCUGGUCAAGUGUGCUGGAUUAAAGUUCACUAAGGUCACCUUUAAUGCAAUUACAAGACAAACAGGACACCUGAGUCUGUUUUGAAAGGUUUGACAGAGUUUAGAAGCAAUGUUUGAGUUAAUAGAAAGAAUCUGUUAACUUCAAUAAUGUGGAUUAUGUUUGACUGUGGUUACCAGUCAAAUGAAUGUCCUUGUAAGGCUUGAACUUGUUCCCUAACUGGCCUCCCAAGGCCUUCCAAUCUGUCCCAUUGACUCGGGUGGCCUUGUUGCUGGAAGAAUUCAUGGCUUCAAAGAAGUUGAGGCAAAACUGGACAGGUGUCUCAUCUCCCUUGGAGUGUGGACAGGCCAAGCCAUGGAUUUCUGCCACAUUAGUGUGAUCUUUGGUGCUGAGAGUCGGGUCUUACAAUCUGGUUUGGACUGGACUUUUGGCAAUUCCAGUCACUUUGGGUGAUUAAAAAUCCUUUUUUGAGUGAGCAAGCAAAGUAAAGUGUUGGACAAGAUACGUGUUUGAAUACAUAAACUCUAUGUCAUCCACUGAAAAUACUAUUUUAAAAUUUUUCUUUUUCUUUUUUAAAAAAAAAAUUCAUUGUUGUUCUACUGUUGAUGUUUGUUCUGUUACUUGGGGGUUGGUUUGCUGCUAAAUUUUCACCUGUGGGUGGGCCCUGAGUGUUUGAAGCACAAAUGUUGGAAAGCUCUUUUGUAGAGUUGGGUUUUGAAACUGAACCAGUGUAAGUGUUUGUGUGUGACUGAAGUACCCAGAGUAGUUGAAUAUCUGAAGAUUCAAAUGUGUUUCAACCACUCUCCGCUUAGUUCUUUUAAUGGUUGCCUUUGGAGUUGACCACGUUGUGUCAGCAUUUUGCAAAGCUGGCCGGAUUAAACCGACCUGAGGACUAUACCUGUGUGCAUCAGGACUGUUUGCGCCACAUCUCCUAGAUGCUGGGACCCAACCAGCAACGUACAUUUUGACAUCAGCAAGCUUUGUCCUUCCUUUCUGUUUAAACGGAAUUGGGAACUACAAAAACAAACGAUGGGAUUUGGUACAGCUGAACUGUGAAGAGUGAGGGCAGACUGUGGUUAGUGCCAGUUGUGAAGCUUUUUCAGUUGGCAGGACGUGGGGGGGCCCUUUCGGGACACCACCAGAGCACCGUCCAAUAGCAAACCUCCUCCACAGCGAGAAAGGGAAAGGGAAGAGCACCUGCACGUAAAGGGUGAACCCCGUUCCUCCUGUUCGUCCAUACAUCAGCGCCUGUCCACCAGCUGGUCCCCCAUCCAAAGCACUGCAGAGCUGUGCUACCAAUGCUGAAAUUGACUUUGCAGCUACAGCCAGCGUGUUCCAUAUUUACCACGUAAAUAAAUGGAGAGGCAGAAAGCAUGAUGGAAACAAAACUAAGUUUAAAAAUGCUAAGUGUUUUGGAAAUGUGAAAAACUUAUUUUUUCUAUAAAGAUGAUUACAUUUAACAUGGCAGAAGGUGUAUUUGUGUGUUUAUUUUGGGUA